AUGCGGUCCUUCAGUGCCCUCCUCGGCCUCGCAGCCUGCCUGCCUGAGCUCGUCUCCGCCCACGGCUUCGUUCGCGGCAUCAGGGCUGGCGGCGUCUGGACUGCUGGGUCGGACCCCGUGUGGUUCUAUAGCCCUGCGGGCCAAGGCCCGGUCACCGCUGGCUGGGACUCUCGCAACCAGGACCUUGGAUUUGUCGAGCCUGCUGCGUUCGGCACCAAUGACAUUGCAUGCCACAAGAGUGCCACUGCUGGCAAGAACUUUGUAAAUGUCAACGCUGGCCAGACCAUUGAGAUUUACUGGAACACCUGGCCCGACUCGCACAAGGGCCCCAUCAUCGACUACAUUGCUCCCUACAACGGUGAGACCACUGCCGGCAGCCUGAGGUGGUCCAAGUUCGCCCAGAAGAGCAUCGUCAGCGGCCAGACCUGGGUCACCGACAGCCUCAUCGCCAACAACUUUACGACGACGACGACGAUCCCCCGCAACCUGGCGCCGGGCAACUACGUCCUGCGCCACGAGAUCAUCGCCCUGCACGGCGCCGGUAACGACAACGGUGCCCAGAACUACCCGCAGUGCCUCAACCUCAAGGUCAGCGGCAGCGGCACCGUCCGUCCCACCAACGGAGUGGCCGGCACCAGCCUCUACACCCGCAACCAGCCCGGAAUCAUCUUCAACCUGUACACUUCGUACACGAGCUACCCCUACCCCGGCCCUGCUCUCUGGACGGCCGCCAACUGA